UUUUCAUUUAUUUUAUUUUUUCUGGCUUUAUAACAAAUACAUAAUCUUUCCAGGCUAACUUGUGGGCGAACACACUAAUUGGAAACCUUUAGUCAAGUAUCAACCAUCUCCCCAUCUUUAUUCUGCAACUCUGUGUGAUGAAGAUGCAAGCAUGCAAGUUGGUCUUCUCUCAAUGCUGCCAUCAAUACACCAUUUAUUAUCACAACCAUCCAAACCAUCCAUGAUGAAUUCCAACUGCCAAAUCCAUAUAUUCUUUAGUAAUAUUUCUUCUUCCAGGAAGCAAGCUCAAAGCAAGCUCAAAGAAACAAGCAUCAAUGAGUUAAGUUCUUGAUCACAGAAAUUGUCAUCCAAGAGAAACACUAAUAUGAUGGAAGGGAGAAGAUCACAAAGAAGAGGUGAGAGAAUUCCAACAGUGUUGUGGUUCACACUGAAGAGGUCCAUGCACUGCAAGUCUGAGCCAUCAGAAGUCCAUGACCCAAAGUUUGGGACAAAGCUUGGGUCCAUUCUGACAAAAAGAUCAGUAGGAAGAUCAGGGUGCUCAAGGUCCAUUGCCAACCUCAAAGAUGUCAUCCAUGGCAGCAAAAGACACUUUCAAAGGCCAACAAGUUGUAGUCCAAGGUCCAUUGGGAGCAGUGACUUCCUUAACCCAAUUUCUCAUGAAGUCAUUCUUAGUGAUGCAAGGUGUGAGCUUAGGAUUGUCACUAGUUUUGGAGGGUGCCAUGAGAGUGGUACUGCUACUGAGGUUGUGGGUACUCUAAGACCAGGCACACCAGGCCCUGGAGGACACCUUGGUAAUUUCAGUUACAACCCUUGUGGUUUGAAGAGUAGGACUACUCCAAGAAGGUCACUGCAGGCAAGUUUGGAAAGUAAGCAUGGUGGAGUUUCUUGUGCUUCUUCAUCUUCAACAGCAAGAGCUUCUGUUGAGGGGGAGGAGGAGAAGGAUAAUAAUUCAAUUGGGUCUUCUACUUCUUUGAUUUGUCAAAAGUGUGGGGAGGUUUUUGCAAAGUGGGAUGGUUUAGAAUCACACCAUCUUUCUCAACAUGCAGUUACUGAACUAGUUGAAGGAGAUUCAUCUAGAAAGAUUGUAGAGAUAAUCUGCAGAGCAAACUGGUUGAAGUCAGAAAGCAGUUGUGGAAGGAUUGAAAGGGUUCUAAAAGUCCAUAACAUGCAGAAAACACUCUCUAGAUUUGAGGAAUACAGAGAAAUGGUGAAGUUAAAAGCCGGAAAACUCCCGAAGAAGCAUCCUAGAUGUCUUGCCGACGGCAAUGAGUUGCUGAGGUUUCAUGGUACAACAGUUUCUUGCUAUUUAGGCAUGAAUGGUUCUUCAUCUCUCUGCACAUCAAAAAACUGCAAUGUUUGCCAAAUACUUAGGCAUGGAUUCACAAUGAAAAAGAAGACAGGACCGAUAGGUGUAUUCACAACGGCGACAAGUGGAAGAGCAUUUGAGUCAAUUGAUUUAUCUGAAGAUGAUCCAUCCACCAGAAAAGCUUUGCUAGUCUGCCGAGUGAUUGCCGGGAGGGUUCACAAGCCUCUUGAUAAUUACCAAGAGUUAGUAGGCCAGUCAGUGUUUGACUCAUUGGCAGGAAAAGUCGGUCCCUAUGCAAACAUUGAAGAACUCUACUUGCUGAAUCCCCGAGCUCUCCUUCCGUGCUUUGUUGUAAUCUGUAAACCAUGAUUGCUUUGACUUCUAUCAGGAUUAAUUCCAAAUACUCAUGUCUUUAAAAGCUUGUGAAUUUUUGAAAAUUCUUGUAUAUACCAUGGUUCAAAAAUCCAUUUGUAUCCAAAUAUGAACCUGGUCGAAAAUUUGUAUGUCUAGACACCAACAAUGGCAAAUUGUUUCUUGUCUA